AGACCUCUUUUCCCACCAUCUAUGCUGAGUGGCUUUGAAGCCAUUCCUUCCCCUGAGUUGCAAGCCCAGCCCAGAAUGUCUCAGCAGAAGCAGAAGCAGUGUGCUCCCCCGCAGCAGUGCUGCCCCCUACCCCAGCAGCACUGCCCCUCACCCCAGCAGUGCUGCCCCCCACCCCAGCAGUGCUCCCCCACACCCCAGCAGUGCUGCCCCCCGCCUCAGCAGUGCUGCCCCCCUCCCCAGCAGUGCUGCCCCCCACCCCAGCAGUACUGCCCACCACCCCAGCAGUACUGCCCCCCACCCCAGCAGACCAAGCAGCCUUGCCAGCCCCCACCCAAGUGCCAGGAGCCCUGUGCCCCCAAGUGCCCACCCCCUCAGCAGUGCCAGACGUCCAAGCAGAAGUAAGCCCUGGGCAUGUGAUCAGAGGCGAACCCCCAGGAAAAACAGAGCAUGAAGUUCCUUCCGGGCCAGUAUCUUACACUUCACAGGCCAAGCAAAGCCCUGCUCACCA